AUAUACCUGCCUAACUACAGAAGAUGAAGUUUAUUUCAUUUUAGUUAUUUAUUUCUUGAGAAAGUCGAUAUGAGUGAAAGAAACAGAAACAAAUUACCAAAUAACUUACCCCAGCUGCAGAAUUUGGUGAAGAGGGAUCCUGACUCGUAUAAAGAAGAGUUUGGUCAGCAGUUUCGGCACUAUGAAUCAAAUCUUCAGAUCUUUAAGCUUGAUCCAUCCAGUGCCAACAAAACCCUUGCUGAUUUGGUUAUGUUUCUCAGCCAGGUUGCACACUGCUACACAGAGGAACUGGAACAUUUCCCUCAGGAACUUAUUGAUGUCUUGCAAAGACAUCACAGUGUUAUGGAUCCUGAGCUUAGAAUGACAAUUUGUAGAGCUCUUAUCCUGCUUCGAAACAAGAACUUAUUGUCACCAACAAGGUGUUAUGAUGGCAGCGCGAUCGCUCAUUCAACUAUUCCGACUCUACAAAACUUCAUGUACACAAUGCUGCGAGACAGUAAUGUUAUAGCUGCGAAGAAAUCGUUGGAUGUAAUGGUGGAACUUUACAGAAAGAACGUAUGGAAUGAUGCAAAAACGGUUAAUGUCAUAACAACAGCUUGCUUUUCAACGGUUACAAAGAUUAUGGUUGCUGCUCUGACAUUUUUCCUCGGCAAAGAUGAAGAUAAUGAAGAUAAGGACGAAAGUGACAGUGACCAUGAGGAACAGAACGAGGAAGAAGAGGAAGAAGAGGAAGAAGAGGAAGAGAAUGAAGGAGCAGAUGGAAGCGAAGACUUAAAAACAAAGGCAGCAAGAAUAAGCCAGUCAAGAUUCCUCACAGAUGACGACUUCAAGAAAAUUAAAAUGCGAGAAAUCGCUCGUCAGAUUGAUCCCAAAGCGGGCAAGAAGCGAAAGAGGACUACAGACACUACGGGGCUCGCUGAGAGAAACGAACUUCUUUCCGUGGGAGACAUCGAAAACAUACAUAAGAAGAGAAAACACGAUAAGGAUUCAAGACUGGAGACUGUCAUUGCUGGCAGACAAGGUAGAGAAAAAUUCGGCUCAAAGAAGGCCUCAAAGAAGCGUCUCAAUCAGUUUGCCAGCACCUCAAAUAAGGAGAAAAGGAAAAAUAAGAAUUUCAUGAUGAUGCGUCACAACAAAGAUGUCAGAGGGAAAAACAAACGUUCAUUUCGAGAUAAGCAGUUUGCACUGAGACAAGCGCUUCUCAAGAACAAGAAAGCGAAAUAGCGAUGAAUGGCAUAAUGCGUUGAGUGACAGCUCAGUUGGUGAAGCUGAACGCUUUGGUUCCCCAGCAGAGUAUUCGCCAGUGAAGUGGCUAGAUCUAUGUAAAAAAUGCCGUACUUGAGAGUACUUUCGUCAAGACUGCCAAGCGAGACAACAGUUUUAAUUUGAUUGACCUUAGAAGUGAAAUGAAAACUGAAAGGGCACAAGAAAAAAAGAAAAAACUUUUUAAUGUAUCUCAAAAUAACGUUGAAGGAAUAAAUACGGAAGUGGUUUAACUCAAA